CUCCCAGUCUGAACCGGUUUCAUCCGGUUAUGAGUUUGUUGCUUGAGAAGAGGACAAGCACAGGCUUACAGUCUCUCAAAGCGCCCCGCUGCAAACAGUAUUACAGAAAAGAACCAAAUAGUAAAGCAAGGAUUAUUUUGUUUCGCGGAAUUAACGGAAAUUACGCAAUACUGAACGUGCCGUAAUAGUGAGAAACAGGUAUAUCAGUAAUUGCUACUUUAACUGCCAGUACUCAGGAUUGGCUGGAAUUGGGAAAAAUAUUGUCAUCGCAUCCCGUGUUGCUGGAUAAACUAGCCACAUCAGUGGAUAUUCUGUCUUCAGGACCACGUUUCUCUUUACCGAGGCUUUUGAUUUAACGUUUUGUAGGGCACUGUGUCAUCUGUUGAAGUUCUUUGUUAUCUAAUAAUAUAGAACUAUCCGGGUUAGUCAGUGUUAUGAUGAUAACUCGUUAGUUUUGGAACGCAGUCCGAACAUACACAUAUUUCGCUCUGGAUUAAAUCGUUUAAAUUUAGCCUACUACUACUACUGUGCGCUGCUCUCUCUCAGUCACAGUCACUGCUGGAAUUUAAACCAAAGGAGGUGGACAGUGAUUUAAAACUUAGAGCUCUAUGCCAGCAGUUAUGACAAUGUUAGCAGACCAUGCAGCCAGGCAGCUGCUGGACUUCAGCCAGAAACUGGAUAUAAACCUGUUGGACAAUGUGGUGAACUGUAUGUACAACGAUAUUGGGUCCCAGCAGAGAAUGGCACAGGAGGUGCUGACCCAUUUGAAAGAACAUCCUGAUGCCUGGACAAGAGUUGACACCAUUUUGGAAUUCUCGCAGAACAUGAAUACCAAAUACUAUGCACUGCAGAUUUUGGAAACGGUAAUAAAAACAAGAUGGAAGAUUCUUCCAAGAAAUCAAUGUGAAGGGAUUAAAAAGUAUGUUGUUGGGCUUAUAAUUAAAACGUCAUCUGACCCAGCAAAUGUAGAGAAAGAGAAGGUGUAUAUCAGAAAGCUAAACAUGAUAUUGGUCCAGAUCUUAAAGCAGGAGUGGCCCAAGCACUGGCCCACCUUCAUCAGCGACAUUGUGGGUGCCAGCCGUACCAGUGAGAGUCUCUGUCAGAACAAUAUGGUCAUACUGAAGCUCCUCAGCGAGGAAGUGUUUGACUUCUCCAGUGGCCAGAUGACUCAAGUCAAAGCCAAGCAUCUGAAGGACAGUAUGUGCAAUGAAUUCUCACAGAUAUUUCAACUUUGUCAGUUUGUUAUGGAAAACUCCCAGAAUGCUCCUUUGGUUCAUGCAACGCUGGAGACACUUCUGCGGUUCCUGAACUGGAUUCCACUUGGGUACAUCUUUGAGACAAAACUUAUCAGCACACUUGUGUACAAGUUUUUAAACGUCCCAAUGUUCCGCAACGUAACUCUGAAGUGCCUGACCGAAAUAGCUGGUGUGAGCGUGAGCCAAUACGAGGAACAAUUUGUCACCCUGUUUACACUUACUAUGAUGCAGCUCAAACAGAUGCUCCCCUUGAACACAAACAUCCGCUUGGCAUAUGCCAAUGGGAAAGAUGAUGAACAGAACUUUAUCCAGAACCUGAGUCUGUUCCUAUGCACCUUCUUGAAGGAACAUGGCCAGUUGAUUGAAAAGAGGCUUAACCUUAGGGAAACCCUGAUGGAGGCUCUGCAUUACAUGCUACUGGUGUCAGAAGUGGAGGAGACAGAAAUCUUUAAGAUCUGCCUGGAGUACUGGAACCACCUUGCUGCUGAGUUGUACAGGGAGAGUCCCUUUUCCACCUCUGCAUCCCCGCUACUGGCUGGUAGCCAGCAUUUUGAUGUCCCUCCGCGGCGCCAGUUGUACCUUCCAGUGCUCUCCAAGGUUCGUUUGCUCAUGGUGAGUCGGAUGGCAAAACCAGAGGAAGUCCUGGUGGUGGAGAAUGACCAAGGAGAAGUAGUCAGAGAGUUCAUGAAAGACACAGAUUCUAUCAAUUUAUAUAAGAACAUGAGAGAGACACUUGUGUACCUCACACAUCUAGACUACGCAGACACAGAACGCAUCAUGACUGAGAAGCUGCAUAACCAGGUUAAUGGCACUGAGUGGUCCUGGAAGAACCUCAACACCCUGUGCUGGGCCAUAGGCUCCAUUAGCGGAGCCAUGCAUGAGGAGGAUGAGAAGAGAUUCCUUGUCACAGUCAUAAAGGAUUUAUUAGGCCUUUGUGAGCAGAAGAGGGGCAAAGACAACAAAGCAAUCAUCGCCUCCAACAUAAUGUACAUUGUGGGACAGUACCCUCGCUUCCUGCGUGCGCAUUGGAAGUUCUUGAAAACAGUGGUCAACAAGCUGUUUGAGUUCAUGCAUGAGACUCAUGAUGGUGUGCAAGACAUGGCAUGUGACACCUUCAUCAAGAUUGCACAGAAGUGCAGGAGGCACUUUGUUCAAGUGCAGGUGGGGGAGGUUAUGCCCUUCAUCGACGAAAUCCUCAACAAUAUUAACACCAUCAUCUGUGACCUCCAGCCUCAGCAGGUCCAUACAUUCUAUGAGGCUGUGGGCUACAUGAUAGGUGCUCAGACAGACCAGGCUGUUCAAGAGCACCUCAUUGAGAAGUAUAUGCUGUUGCCCAAUCAGGUUUGGGAUAGCAUCAUUCAACAGGCAACAAAGAAUGUGGACAUUCUGAAAGACCCAGAGACAGUGAAGCAGCUGGGCAGCAUCCUGAAGACCAACGUAAGAGCCUGUAAAGCUGUGGGCCAUCCUUUUGUCAUUCAGCUUGGACGCAUCUACCUGGACAUGCUCAACGUGUACAAGUGCCUCAGUGAGAACAUCUCUGCAGCUAUCCAGACCAAUGGAGAGAUGGUCACAAAACAGCCUUUGAUACGGAGCAUGAGAACAGUUAAAAGAGAAACAUUGAAAUUAAUUUCUGGCUGGGUUAGUCGAUCUAAUGAUCCACAAAUGGUAGGAGAAAACUUUGUACCACCUUUGCUGGAUGCUGUUCUCAUUGAUUAUCAAAGAAACGUCCCUGCAGCAAGAGAACCUGAAGUCCUCAGCACAAUGGCAACAAUUGUUAACAAACUGGGUGGGCACAUUACAAUGGAGAUCCCCCAGAUAUUUGAUGCCGUUUUUGAAUGUACUUUAAAUAUGAUCAACAAAGACUUUGAGGAAUAUCCUGAGCAUCGCACACAUUUCUUCUAUUUACUGCAAGCUGUGAACUCGCACUGCUUCCCUGCAUUCCUGGCCAUUCCCCCAGCUCAGUUUAAACUGGUAUUGGACUCCAUCAUCUGGGCCUUCAAACACACUAUGAGAAAUGUUGCAGACACAGGUCUGCAGAUCUUGUACACUCUGCUUCAGAAUGUUGCCCAAGAAGAAGCAGCAGCUCAGAGUUUCUAUCAGACCUACUUUUGUGACAUCCUGCAGCACAUCUUCUCUGUUGUCACAGAUACAUCCCACACAGCUGGUUUAACGAUGCAUGCAUCCAUUCUUGCCUAUAUGUUCAACCUGGUAGAGGAAGGAAAAAUUAGUGUUGGACUGAAUCCUGCAAGUCCAGUUAACAACCAGGGUUUCAUUCAAGAGUAUGUGGCCAACCUGCUCAAAACUGCCUUUCCGCACCUGCAGGAUGCCCAGGUGAAAGUGUUUGUAACCGGUCUGUUUAGUUUAAAUCAAGAUAUUCCUGCCUUCAAAGAACACCUGAGGGACUUCCUGGUACAGAUAAAAGAGUUUGCAGGUGAAGACAGCACAGACCUGUUCCUGGAGGAGCGAGAGGCAUCACUACGCCAGGCCCAGGAGGAGAAGCGCAAGCUACAGAUGUCUGUACCGGGCAUCUUAAAUCCCCACGAAAUUCCAGAGGAGAUGUGUGACUAAAGACAACCUUUAAUUGUAUAGAUUUAAAAUAAGACAAGCUCAGUGGCUCUUGAACUGGCAGAACAUAAUCCCGCCUUGAGUCAGGCAGUUUGAUGUUUCACGACCAAAAUGAUGCCAAUACUCAUACUGAUAACUCUGCAGCUCUUUUUACAGUUUGCAUUUUAUAUGGAGACUCGUGUAAUAUCUUUCCAUUGUUCAUUCUA